AUGGGGGUGUGUUACUCUUGUGGGCAGCCUGGUCAUGUUAUGGGAAACUGUCCAUCUCGCGAUAGAGGAGGCCCGGCUCAGCCGGUAGGUUCGAUCGCAGGUUCUUCAUCUUCUGUUCGCCCUCCUGGGCAAGGUUCUUCUUCAGUCCUUGCAGGUAGAGGUAGGGGAAGAGGUCAGAUGUCUGGUUCCGGCAGCAGCCAAAAUCGUAUUUAUGCACUUACAGGGCGGCAGGAUCUUGAGUCGUCCCCAGAUGUUGUGACAGGCCAUAUUGUGUCUGAUGAGGGUAUUAAAGUUGACGAUCGGAAGAUCGAAGCCGUUAAGAAUUGGCCCCGGCCAACAACAGCUUCGAAAAUUCGAAGUUUCUUGGGCCUUGCGGGGUAUUAUCGGAGAUUUGUAGAAGGAUUUUCUUCUAUAGCAGCUCCCCUUACAAAAUUAACUCAGAAAGGGGCCAAGUUUCAAUGGUCAGAAGCGUGUGAGCGGAGUUUCCAGAAAUUGAAAGAUAAGUUGACAUCCGCUCCUGUUCUCACCCUUCCAGAAGGCACUGAGGGUUACACUGUAUACUGUGAUGCGUCACGCACUGGCUUGGGAUGUGUGCUAAUGCAAAAUGGUAAGGAUUAUGAUGCCGAAAUUUUAUAUCACCCUGGCAAAGCUAAUGUUGUAGCUGAUGCUCUAAGUCGCAAAUCAAUGGGCAGUCUAUUGUAUGUGCCAGCGGAAAAAUUGGAAAUGACUAGAGAACUUUAUCGCUUAGCAAAUCUGGGAGUUCGCCUACUAGAUUCAGAAGACACUGGGAUUACCUUACAGAAUAUAUCUCAAUCGACUCUUGCCUCGGACGUAAAGGUUCAAAAGUAUGAGGAUCCAGUUAUAAUCUCUACCAAGGAAGGAGUUCAACAAAAUCGGAUCUCAGCUUUUGAACUUGACUCAAAUGGGGUAAAGAUCGAACAUCAGAAACCCAGUGGCUUAUUACAAGAAAUGGAGAUCCCAAUGUGGAAAUGGGAAGUGAUUAAUAUGGAUUUCAUCAUGGGAUUGCCCCGUUCUCAUCGCAAAUUCGAUUCUAUUUGGGUAAUCAUUGAUAGGUUAACCAAAUCAGCCCGUUUCUUGCCGGUAAGGACCACCUAUGUUGCUGAAGACUAUGCUAAAUUGUAUCUUAAGGAGAUUGUGCGUCUUCACGGCAUUCCUGUGUCCAUUAUUUCUGACAGAGGCGCUCAGUUUACGGCAAAGUUCUGGAAAUCUUUUCAGGAAAGUCUUGGUACUCGAGUCCGCAGACUCAGGACCAAGGAUGUGGCGUCAGUAAAGGUUCUAUGGAGGAGCAAGGACAGGGAAGAGAUGACGUGGGAAGCUGAAGCGGAAAUGAAGUCCAAGUACCCUCACUUAUUCCCUGCUACAGAUGAUGCUAUUCCAGAAGAAACCUUACAAGAGUCCGCUCCAUCAAUAAAUAACUUACAAGGUAAAAGUUAUAUUUAA